CUACCUCACAUAACACGCUUCCUUUCUCUGAGUGCAGUGAGAGUCUGCUUGCACGAACAGCCACUUGUUGAUUUAUCCUGCUAGAACUGCAUCAGAACAUCCAAUAUGAUACCUUCAGUGACACUCAACAAUGGAGCAAAGAUGCCUAUUGUGGGUCUGGGAACAUGGAGGUCAGACCCAGGGAAGGUCACCGAGGCUGUUAAGGUGGCAAUAAGUUCUGGUUACAGGCACAUCGAUGGCGCUUAUGUGUACCAGAAUGAAAAAGAGGUUGGGGCUGGAAUUCGUGCAAUGAUCGACCAACAAGUGGUAAAGAGGGAAGACCUAUUCAUUGUCAGUAAGCUAUGGUGCACCUUCCACAUUCCAUCUUUGGUGAGAGGAGCCUGUGAGAAGACGCUUAGUGACCUAAAGCUGGACUAUCUGGACCUGUACCUCAUGCAUUUCCCUAUGGGAGCCAAGCCAGGAGAUGAGCUUUUUCCUACAGAUGAACACGGCCAACUAUUAUCUGAUGGAAGCAACUUCUUGGACACUUGGGAGGCUAUGGAAAAGCUGGUGGAUGCUGGGUUGGUCAAGGCUAUUGGCAUCUCCAACUUCAACAAAGACCAGAUUGAAACUCUCCUUAACAAGCCAGGCCUAAAGUAUAAGCCUACCACCAACCAGAUUGAGUGCCAUCCAUACCUGACCCAGGAGAAGCUGAUCAACUACUGCCACUCGAAGGGCAUCUCAGUGACAGCUUACAGCCCCCUGGGCUCCCCUGACAGACCUUGGGCUUCAUCUGAUGAAGCCUCUUUAAUGGAGGAACCUAAGAUCAAGGCCAUUGCUAGCAAGUACAACAAGACUCCAGCACAGGUUCUCAUCAAGUUCCACAUCCAGAGGAAUGUGAUUGUUGUUCCGAAGUCAGUAACACCCCAUCGAAUCAAAGAAAAUUUCCAGCUGUUUGACUUUGAGCUGAGCGAAGACGACAUGAAGACCAUGCUGAGCUUGAAUAAAAACUGGAGAGGAUUCCAACUAGAAUGGGCCUCAAAACACAAAGACUUCCCCCUGAAUGCAGAAUACUAACUCAUCAGACAACAUACACUUACUAAUCACUAGUAUUGGACCAUUUUUGGAUAGUAUUAACUCAAUGAAUGUUCUGAACUGAAAGUCUAUAUACAUCCUGUUUCAUUGGGUUUAUUACUUGAUAAGGUGUAAAUAAAAUAAUCUCUGGGUUACACUGUUUGAAAGUGAUCACCAUGAACGCUAGCUGGCUAAUUAAACAGACUACCAUGUGGCAAAGUAAGUUUACAAAGCAGGUUAGGGACAUAUGUCAAGAAUGCGUCUUUAUUACAUGACAAAUUAGGCAGUAUGAAUAUGUUUAGGAACGCAACAUUCUAUUAUAUAAGAUAUAUUCUCGUAAACCUGUGUCAGUCACGAAAAUUUUACACAUCAAGUUGACGGCUCCAUGUUCGAAAAUCAAUGUACUCUCUACAGUAUCAAUGAAAAGCAGCAGUGUUAGCAAGUUACUGACAAUAUUGAUUUUGUUAAUUGCUAUUUUUGUUUCCUAAUAGGUUUAUACUGUUUAACCCCUGUACUUACCUCCUGAUGUUUUGUGUUUCUGUAUGUGAAAUAAUUCUAACUGAAAUUUGCUAAAUAAAUGAACUGUGCUUGAUUA